AUGGAGGAUAAAGUUCACCUACCGAGCGCAAUUAUCACUGACCUUCUUCCUGUGAAAACUGAAGAGGAAAAAAGGGCAGGAUUUAACGAACAGUGGACAGAGAAUGAAGAGCCAAGGAAAGUGACUCUUGGCCGACCGAAGACAAACGAGAUUUAGCAGUGACAUUGUUUAAAUGAAUUAACGAAAGUAAUGAGAUGGAGCUGAUAGCUCAGAGAAAACUUCAACAAAUUAACUUUAAUUUUGUAAAUUUUAGUUCAUGUCACCUCACAACCGUUGAUUGCUCUCCGUUAGUAAAUGUAAUUAAGAAUGUUCAACAAAUUUCACAUUUGGAUUUGAAUCACAAUAACAUUGAUCCAUUUGAUUGUUUUGAGAUUUGUAAAUUGUUCAAAUGUAAGGAAUCUCAACUAAGCUGGUUAAACCUCAAAAACAAUCAAGUGACAGAUGAAGCAGCAAAGUAUUUAAUUGAAGCCAUCAACAACAACAACUGUCAGCUACGCAUGUUAAGCCUCAUUUAAUGACAUCUCGAACACUGGAGCACAGCACUUAGUUAAGGCCAUCAACAACAACAACUGUCAGCUAUGCAUAUUAGACCUCACAGAAAUAACAUCACAGACAUUAGAACACAGCACUUUGCGGAAGCCAUCAACAGUGACAACUGUCAGCUACACACAUUAAUCCUCUCAGGGAACAAAAUCCUCAGAUAUUGGAGCACAGCAUUUGGCUGAAGCCAUCAAGAACAACAACUGUCAGCUACACACGUUAGACCUCUCAGCAAAUAAAAUCACAGAUAAGGGAGCACAGCACUUGGCUGAAGCCAUCAACCACAACAACUGUCAGCUAUGCUUGUAAGACCUCUCUCUCAAUUAACACAUCACAGAAGCAGGUAAGCAACACACUUGUACUUUAAAAAGUAAAGGUCAGUCUAAGUGUAAGCCAAUUCUUUAGGCCUCAGCUUUUCCAAUUAAAAACUGUAAAGAAAUUGUUUGAACCACUAACUAUUCAACCAAGGUAACCAGUGACAAUUAGAGCGACAGUUACAACCCAAUGACUCAAAACAUGAAUGAAAGCAAACUAAACCUGUGAAGUGCUCAGAGCAGCAAAAUUACUUGAACUGGAUCGAAGUGGAGAAAACUGAACCAAUGAAGAUGUUUAUUGAGAACAAAGGAUGUCAAACUUUUUUUUGUAUUAAACAAACCAAUAACAUUGAAGAAAACAUACAAAGUUUGCUGCAAAGAGAAUGAACAAACUGUGGGCCUUUCAGGAACUUUGGCAUUUUAUGAUUAGUUAGUUUUGAUCCUAAAUUUACUGCAUGAUUGGUUAUGUUUUGAUUGCUUAUGUCUGUCAUAAGGAACAUUUUUUGUUGAAGUUCACUUAGAGAGUACAAGUGGAUCAAUUUAGUAAAUGUAGUGCAGAUUGCAGGGUACAACAUAUUUGUUUUAUUGCUCAUUUUUUCUUUCAAUCAAAUUCAAGUAGUUUCAUACUUACUGCCUUUAUUUGAACUCCUAACCAAGUUUAAAAUAUACAGAUCUCGCUUAAAAAAGUUAUUUUUGUAGGUUAAUGGUGUGAGAUUUAUAUUGUAUGGAUUGUAACACAUUUAUUUGAGGUUUCUGCAGUUGAUGUCAUAUAUAAGUGUAUUCUUGUGUGAUAUGAUUAAAUUUCAAUAAGUUGCACUGCAAAAUCUGAGGAACAAACCUCAAGUUCCCUAAAGAACCUUUUGUCACCUCCACCUGCUCUUAAGGGCAUACUACAUAAAAAUAGUUGGGACAUGUAACCCCCUUCCUGAAACCCUCACCAUAUCUCAGAUUAAAUGAUUUCCUUCCCAAUAAUGACACAAAAUUCUUCUUCACCUCUCAAAUCAAUAUUAAUGUUGUGAGCCUAAGAAAGCUUGAAAUGUAAAUAAUAUGAAAUGAAUGUCACAUGUUUGCUUGAAUAAUUUCCAGCCUUGCAACUUAUUCAAAUAUUGGCCAAAUAGGAGGACACCCCUUAAGCUUUUAUUAAUGCUAUGUUUAUAAAAUCAGUGGAACUUGGGAGCCAAAUAAAAUAGUGAUAAGACAAGAGAAAUCAAAUCUGAGAACAGAGAUGAAUUCUUCUCAUACAGGAAUGUGAGGAAAAGGCAAGGAAACUCCACAUUGAAUUCCAGCUGCAAUUAAGUACAGCCUGCAGCUUAGAAAAAACCUAAAAUCUUGAGAUUUAUUCUCAAUUUUUUAAAGACUUUCAAUCUAAAUUUUGACACAAACAUGUAUCUAUCCAUUUCAUUUCACUGCUUCAGUUUCUGAUACCAGUUUCCUAGGUAGUCUAGAAAAUGGCAGCAUAUAAAGACAAAUCAGCAACAGCAGUAACUUUGCCAAGAGUUUAGAUAUAGAGCUAUAUUUUCAUCUGAAAGAAACUGGAAAUGCAAACAGUAUUGAAAUGAACUGAAAGAUAAUCCUAAGGAAUUACUUGCAUCAAAAACCUCCAACAAAAUUAGUCUUGAUCAUGAGUUACACUUUUAACCCUUUAACUCCCAGAUCAAAUUAUUAAUUCUCCUUACUGUCAACCACACAAUUCUUAUAAUGUUCAGAGAAUUUAGUAUUAGAUCAACUUAUCUCCAAAUUGAUAUCUUUCUUUAUUCUCAUCACUUAUCUGGUUGAUAUUGUAUUGAUAUUGUAAGGAGAAACUCUGCCUUGGUCACCCAUGGGAGUAAAAAGGUUAAGUUUAAUCCAAUCAGUGUAAUCUUCCAUGGAAUUUUUGCUGAAGUGGAAAACACCAAAUUCAGGUUUCAUUUCUGUUGUUGCAGCAUAGAAAAACAUACCAUUUGAGACUGCUUCUCAUUCUUUUCAACACUUUUGAUCUCAAUUUUUUCAUGAUAAUUUCAGGGCUAAAAAAUAUUUAAUUUUUUUAAUUUCCACAAUUUUUGAAGAGUGGAUAACCUGCUACAAACCCCCUUCUGAAAAACUAGGUAAUAAGAAUUCCUGCCUCCAAACACCUUUAUUCAACAAAUCUAUUAAUCUCUAGUUAUUGAUAUGCACGUCACAGAAUGAAAAUGACUGUGGAUAUUAAGGAUAAAGCUUCAGCAUAUCAUUUUCCCUCAACAAUAUUAACCCUUGCACUCCCAGAAGUGAUCAAUAAGUAAUUUAUCCUUACAAAACAGUAACAAGCAUAAAGGUAAUGAGAAGGAAAUUUAUCAAUUAAAGUAUACUGCUCAGGACUUGUUUGACGAAAAACCAAAUUCUUCAAGCUAAAAUUUAAAGAAAUGUAUGGGAGACAAUGAGGAUAUAUUGAUAAUUACAUCUAAGGGGUAAAAGAGUUCACUGAAAAAAAUCUGAAUGACUUCUUACCGACAGUAUGAAAGUGACACUGAGGUCAAAACAUAAAAUUCUUACAACUAAGCUAAAUUUAUAUCAUAAAAAGUAUGAUGUAUGAGACAAGUCUUAUAAACAGAUAGAAUUAUCAAGUGAAAUGCUGAAGGAUCAAUAUAUGUGUAUGAAAUGACUUCUCAUAACUUUUUCUCAUAACUUCGCCGCCAGUUUGUGAGAAUUAUAUACCGUAUACCUAGCCGUAAUAAAGAAGUUGCUAUAUGCAAAUGAAUUUCGGUGAGCGCUAAGCGCAGGCAAACUCAUAUGAAUAAACUUCUGACCUACAGAACUGAAAAUGAAUGUAUUUGUAUAAUGUCAUUAAGGUAUCGAAUGUCAUUUCGAGGAUGAAAAUAAAUGCUUGCAAAUUAUUCAGGACAAUUUCCAGCCUGGUAGUGGCAAGAUCUCGGUGCUCAUCGACCCAAUUAUAUGCAGCCAAGUUUCUAAACCGCGUACUGCCAUAAUUGUUAAACAAGCAGGAACAAUCAUCAAUCGUUUCUAUUUUCUGUGACUGACCCAAAAAGAGAUUUUGAAGACAAAUAUUCGUUACUGUUCUUUACCUUUAUGGAUAAAACUAUAUGAUUGAUAGAAAGGUUAUCUUAAUGCUAUUUUUGACGACCAUAGUCAAUUUUUUUUCUUAAUACUUUUGAUUGUUUUCUGGUUAUUUCCCUUUUUUUUCGUUUUUGGCAUUUGCAUUUGAUUUGUUUGUUUUGUCUCUUUGUCUAAAUGUUUUCCAGUAUGUUUUAGUCCAGCUCGGCUUUUUUAACAAUGUUUUGCAAGAUUCAAUCCCUGGGGAAUCGAUAUGAUUGAUAAUCGAAGACAAGGAGGUAUAGGACUUUUUGGUUUUUGUUCUGAUUUGUGUUUGAAAGCGUUGAGAAACCGAAGUUAACAUGCGCUACAGAAGAGAUUCUGACUAAAUUGUUCUCUAAAGAGUCUACAUUUUGAAAGAACUAUUACGUUAAGAGGAAUUAACAUUACGGCUAAAGCAAUUGUGCCUUUUUCAUUCACGAAUUGUAUCACUCUAUGAAUGAUCGUAGGAGCCUUCAGCUGGAGUGAGCUUUCAUAGUAUGCUAAAAUGGAAAAUUUGGCGGGCUAAAAUAUACGGGUCCUGUUCAACAGGGAUUACCUUCAAUGAUGGUGCGUGCGGUUGGAGGAGGUAUAUUGAUUUUUCUACUGCAUUAAAGAGCGGUGCUGAAUGCUAAUUGUGAGACUAAUUUACAAACUUGUAAAGAAGCUUUCCAAAUCUCAUUGUUUAUACUGUUAUUUCGUCACCAAUUCAAGAUGCUAAAACUGUAUUUGCUAUCCUCUUUCUCUCUAAUGCCCCUGACAGUUAGAAACUGUGCUGAGCUGCACAAAUCUGGACAAAGAGUCAGCGGCGUUUAUACAAUGAUGAGUGAGGUGCCUUCGAUGUUUAUUGUAACCAGACAACAUCCUGUGGGGGGUGGACACUGUUUCGGAGAAGACUGCACACACCUGGGCUGA